AAUGUGAUUUUUAUCCACAGUUUUCAAGGAAUUAAUUCUUUAAGCUACACAUACAGAUUUCCCUCAUUCCCUGUUAGGCAAAAUCCCUGCUCCUAAACUUGGUAUAUUUGUAGCUUUCUUCACUUUGGCCCCAAACUAUCCCUCACCAAAGGAACUAACCAUCUAUCAUUUGUAUUUCUGUGUCUUAGGCAAGUUAUUAUCAGUGGAGUAUUUACACACACUGUAUACAUAUAUUUUCUUUCUUUUGUAUACACACACAUACUUCCAAUCACAGACAGCACAAAAGGGCAGAAGAUUGACAGUAUCUUCUUGAGUUGUAAACUUUAUCCCUCUCCCAAGGCUUUCCUUUUACAGUGAUGUCCUCAGUGGAAAGGAAGCAAUAGCUGGAAAUUCCAGUCCCAACCUUCAUCUCCUUCCUGCAACUAGGUGCUAUCAAAACCGUUCGUAGGUAAGCAAAUGUUCAUUUACAUGGUUGGGUAAGAGAAGUGAUGAUAGGUAUCUUCUAAUGGCUCCUGAGAUUCAGCCCAGGGCAAAGGGAUGACCAUAGCCACUGCCUUGGAGAUCAAUUUAGUGUGUCCUGGGUCAGCUCUACAGAUCACCCCUAUGCCUGCUGAGCCACGUGAGGUGGAGCUCGGGAUAUGGGUACACCCCAACCAAUGAAAAGAAAAAUGAAAUAAAAUCAGUUCUUAAAUAAUUAGAAACUCUUCUGCUUAUUAGGAUCGAUUUAAGCUUAUUUAAUCCUGAAGCUACUUCAGGUCCUGAUCAUUCUUUCUGACAUCAUUGCUGGCUUUAUAAAGGAGCCCAAGGUCCACUUCUGGUGAAAUUUGUCAGAUUUGAAGAAUUAUCAGGCUGCCCAUGCUGGCUGAGAUCUUUUGGGCUAUUGGGGCCAGUUAGAGCUGGAUGGGCAUAGGGAGAGCAUAUUGGUUCAUACUUUGUGCUUACUCUACUGUCAAUUUGACUGCCUUUUCCCUGUAAGAUGCCAAAGGUGAAUUCAGAGAAGUCCCGGUCUUCAGAGAGUGCAAAGUAGUUAACGAUUAUGUAAUCAUUUUCUAUUUGUGCUAUAAUCAAUUGCCACAAACUUGGUGACUUCAAACCAACAAUCAAUUACCACAACAAUGGUGACUUAUUGGGUCAGAGCUUGGCCAGUCAGAAGUCUAGAGGGACUUGGCAGGACUCUCUUUCUGGUCUCUCACAAGACUGAAAUCAAGUGUUUGCCAAAGUGUUUGCCAGCCUGGACUCCUCUCUGAAGUCUCUAGAAUCCACUUCUAAACUCAUUUAGGUGGUUGGCAGAAUGCAGUUCCUUGUAGUAUAGGACUGAGAUCCCCCAUUCCUUGCCAGCUGAUGUCUGAGAGCCUUUCUCAGGGUCUUCAGGCAACUUCUUUCCUGUAGGCAUUGCUUCUCUCACCGCUCGUCAUCUUCAAACUGGUGAUGUCACCUGAUUCCUUCUUACACUUUGAGACUUUCUGACUUCUGCUGCAUCCUUCUGUCUCCAGCUAGGAAAGUUCUCUCCUUUUAAGGGCUCAUGUUAUGAUAUUGGGCCCAGAUAAUCCAAGGUGAUCUCCCUACUUUAAGAUCUUUAAUUACAUUUGAAAAAUCUCUUGCCAUGUAACUUAGCAUAUUUAUAAUUUUCUGGGGAUGAUGGGAUGGACUUCUUUGGGGGCUAUAAUUAUGUCUACAAAUCAUAAAUAGGAUGAGGAACACAGUGAAAAAAAAAAGAAGGCAUAUGAGCCACAUGGUUGUUCCACAUGAUGGAAGCUCAUGCCCACAGUGAAACUGCGGGGAAGGUACAGAGAUUUCCCAUAUACCCCUGCCCCCUGUACACUCAGCCUUCCCCAUUACCAAUCUCACUAUCAGAGUGGCACAGUUGUUACCAUUAAUGAACUUACCAUUUAUGGACCAUUUAUGAACACAUCAUAAAUCACCCAAAGUCCAUUAUUUACCUUAGGAUUUGCUCUUGGUGUUGUACAUUAUAAGGGCUUGGACAAAUGUAUAAUUACAUGUAUCUGUCCUUAUGGUAUCAUAAAGAGUAUUUUCACUGCCUUAAAAAUCCUCUGUGUUCUGCCUGUUCAUCACCGCCCACCCCCCCCACCCCCGCCAGCCCUAACCUCUGCCCAUCACUGGUCUUUCACUAUCUUCAUAGUUUUAUCUUUUCCAGAAUGUCAUAUAGUUGGAAUCAUACAGUAUGUAGCCUUUUCAGGUUGGUUUCUCUCACUUAGAAAUAAACAUUUAAAGUUCCUCCAUGUCUUUUAAUGGCUGGAUAGCUCAUUUCUUUUUAGUACUGAAUUCUAUUCCACUGUCUGGAUGGACCACAGUUUAUUUAUUUACUUACCUGCUGAAGGACAAAAUGAUUACUUGCAAGUUUUAGCCUUUAUGAAUAAAGCUGUUAAAAACAUCUGUGUUGCAGGUUUUUGAGUGGAUGUAAGUUUUCAACUCUUUGAGUAAAUACCAAGAAGUGUGGUUGCUGGAUCUUAUGGGAAGAAUAUGUUUAGUUUUGUAAGAUUCCACUAAACUGUUUUCCAAAGUGUGUGUACCAUUUUAUAUUCCCACCAGCAAUGAGUGAGAGUUCCUGUUGCUUUAAGUCCUUACCAGCAUUUGGUGUUGUCAGUGUUCUGGAAUCUGGCCAUUCUAAUAGGCGUGUAUUGGUGUCCUAUUGUCACUUUAACUUGCAUUUCCCUGAUGACUAAUGAUGUGGAACAUCUUUUCAUAUACUAAUUUACCAUCACUAUAUCCUCUUUGAUGAGGUGUCUUUUAAGGUCUAUGGUCCAUUUAUUAAUUGGACCCAUUUCCUUUCUUUCUUGCACUUUUGGUUGGGGAAAAAAAAAUAGUUGUUUGUCUUAAUGAGAGUCUCCAUUUUGGGUUUUGCUGAUUGCACCUUUAUAGUUUCAUUUAGCAUGUUCUUCUCUUCCUUGCAUUUCUUCUUCUUUUUUUCCCCACACAUUUAUUGAUUUUUGAGAGAGCGCAAGCAGGAGAGGGAUAGAGAGAGUGCGGGACAGAAGAUCUGAAGUGGGCUCUGUGCUGACAGCAGAAAGCUGGAUGCAUGGCCCAAACUCAUGAACCAUGAGAUCAUGACUUGAGCCAAAGUCGGAGGCUUAACCAACUGAGCCAUCCAGACACUCACUCCUCUCUUCCCUGCAUUUCUUUUUUUUUUUUUUUUUUUAUUUAUUUUUUUUUUUUUAAAUUUUUUUUUUUCAAUGUUUAUUUAUUUUUGGGACAGAGAGAGACAGAGCAUGAACGGGGGAGGGUCAGAAAGAGAGGGAGACACAGAAUCGGAAACAGGCUCCAGGCUCUGAGCCAUCAGCCCAGAGCCCGACGUGGGGCUCGAACUCACGGACCGCGAGAUCGUGACCUGGCUGAAGUCGGACGCUUAACCGACUGCGCCACCCAGGCGCCCCUCUUCCCUGCAUUUCUUAAGAACUGAUAUUUAGAUCUAAACUGAGGUUUGGUAAGAUUUUUUUUGAACUAAGGAAGAAUGCUAUUUCAGAGGUGAUAUUUCAAGUUUCUAGCGUCCAUUGAGAUAUUUAAAAUAGCUCCUUCUUUUUUGUAUUGUUACUGAUCGUUGGUGACCAUUACCUAGAUGCAUUAAUUCAUUAGGGGUUUGAAAAUUAUGGUAUUCUAAUUCUUUCAUCCUUUUUUUGUUCAUUAUUUGGAAUACUUCUAUACAGAAAAAAAAAAAAUGUCUUCACAUUUUAAUGAUUCUAAUGACUAGGAAAGACAGGAUAAAUGUAAUUUUUCUCCUAAGUACCAGUUUUAAAUGUAUUGAAGUGGUUCCUUAGAAGCAUCCAGAGUUUAACAUGUUCUUUUUUUGGAGUGCUAUGAAUUCAUGAAUUUAAACAUUCUAUAUAUUUCAACCAUUACAGUUACUUUUCUUAACGAUGAAAAUUUCCUACAGUUGGUUAGUGGGAGCUUGUUCAAAUUCACCCAUGAGUUACUGGGGCACAAUCUAGUCUUCAAGGCCUCCCUGCUUUUUUGUAUGACAAAUAUACUGGGCUCAUCUUAUAUUCUCAGACCUGGUAGUAAUCACAUAUUGAGAAGCCGUAAUUCCUCUUUUAUAGCAUUUAUAGACCCAAUUCAGUGCUGGUUGCACUUAUUGCUACUGGUUGAUCAUUGGUUUUAGACCUUUUCAGUGCAGAGAGCUAAGAUAUAUGUCACUCAGACUGAAAACUCCUGGUUCAAAUAUAGGACUACCAUGUUUUUCUUAACCUGGUUCAUCUUAAAUUAUAAAUGACAUUUUAAGCCAUGAGCCUGGAUGAGGUGAUUUGGGAGUAUAUGUAGAUAGGGCAAAGAAGAUAUUCUAAGGACUGAACUGUGGAGUGCUGUGGCAAUGAAUACUAACAGGAAAUGACCACUUAGCCAGGAGGAAAACAAAGAGAGUGUGGGGUUAUAAAAACCGGGUGAAGAGAAUGGAUUAAAGAGAGGGACACAAUCAAUGGUAUGCAAUUCUGCUAAUAGCUCAAUGAAGAUGAAGCCCAGAAACUGCUGAAUUUAUUAAUGUGAAGGCCUUUGAUGUUAUUUAUGAAAGUAGUUGUGGUAGAGUUGUGGAGGCAAAAAAAUAAAAAAUAAAAGAGCUGGUGGGACAAGAAUUGGAGAAGAGGAAUUUUAGGUAAGGAGUACAGAUGAAAGCUAGGUCUUAGAAACAUGGACCAUACAACCAUAGGAAUAGAAGAGGAGACAAAUCAGAUGAAUACAAAUGCAGAUGGAGAGUAAAUGUGGUGGGGAAAGAGUACAAUAUUUCUCUCCUGAUUUCAUCAGUGAGUUCCCUAAGCAAGGUCAUCAGCUGAUAAUGAAAGUUGGGAAAGAAAUGGUGAGGGUUUGAGAGAAGUCAUUUGGAAGAAAGGGAAAGAGAUUAAGUUAUUAAAAGUUAUGCUUAACAAUGCCUCUAAGACUCAGGUCAGUGGUCAUAAAUUUAAGAUAAGCCCUUAUAUCAUAUUAAUGAGUCUUUAUUAAACUAUUUAAAACAGUGUGGGUGUAAAUACAGAGUAGAGAGAAAUUUGAAUUUAACCCAACUGUGGUUUGUCAAGGAAGAACAAAUUGACCAAUGGACAAAGGAAGUGAUGCGCUGUGCAAGUGAGUGAUUAAAACAGUUAUGUGAAACAACUCAGGUAAGGAGGGAAAUGACAAUAUGAAUGAUAUGGGUUAAGUUGUGUCCUCCCCCCUAAAAACAUAUGUUGAAAUCCUAAUGCCCUGUAUCAGUGAAUGUGACCUUAUUUGGAAAUAGGGUCUUUGCAGAUGUGAUCAAGUUAAGAUGAGGUCACUGGAAUGGGUCCUCAUUCACUAUGACUGUCCUUUUCAGAAUAGGAGAAGACAGAGACACAUGACACAUGACAAUGGUCAUGAGACAAUAGAGGCAGAGAUUAAAGUAAUGAAUGUACGAUUCCAACAAUUGUCAGCAAACAUUGACGGUAGAAGAGAAGGAAGAAUCCCUUCUUUAGGUUUCAGAGGCUCUGCUGACACCUUAGUUUUGGACUUUUAGCUUCCAAAACUGAGAUAAUAAAGUUCUGCAGUUUUAAGCUCCCCAGUUUGUGGGGGCUUUGUUAAUGCAGCCCUAGAAAACUCAUUCAUUUAUGGUUAAUUUCACACACAGCAGCAGAGGUGAGUGGUUAUGGUAAAGUUUAUAUGGCCUGCAAAACCUAAAGCCCUUACUAUUUGACCCUUUGCCGGAAAAGUUUGCUGAUCUAAAAUACGGAAGUAGGAUAUAGUCCAAUGAAAGACUACAUGUGAGAAGUGCUGAAUAUUGUGUAAAGUAAGUAGUAUGUACAUUCAAAACCGUAACUUUAACUGUGGACUGAAGAGGUCAGAAGAGGAAUCCUGUUAAAAAGUGAACUUGAGUAAGCUGAGGAUAGACCAAAUUACACUCUCGGGAAAAUUCCAUUUGUUGGUGAGGAAACGUAGGCUCUUUGCACUUUGGGAUAGUAAAUACUGCUUCCCUUUGAAUGCACUAAUGGCCACACUGUUAAACCCAUUGAAAAUACAAGACCUAUUGCAAUGCUUGCUCGCUAGCAAAAGCUAGUUUGAUUGCUAAAAUAAAAUACUUGGUCUUUCAGAAUCUGAAUGUACCAUUGCCUCAUUGUAAGAUUUAUCACUUUAUUUGUAUCCUUUUUUUUUUUUUCAUUUGUAGUGAAAUGUGCUUAUAACCUUUGAUUUUUGGUUAAUGAUCCUUACCAUUGUGUGAACUGAAAUUGUAUAUGUAAUGAUGAUACUUUCCAGUCAUUUGUAACAUUUUGUUAUUUGGAAUAUACUUCUGAAUAGCUCAUAUAAUUUAAUCUUCAAGAGAGCCCCAUGAAUCUAUUUUAUUUUGAAUAAAAAUUCUGCUUCACAGAGGAAGAAGCUGAAAUUCAGUAAAGUUUAGUGACCAGGUCAGAGUCACAGCCAUUUAAGAAUAUGAUGGAUCUUGGAUGAUACUGGUAGCAAAUUCAUUUAUUACCAUAACCAAAUGCAAGCUAAUAUGGCUCAGAAUCCUCCUAAAAUGGUACUCUUGGAAAAAGAAUUUAUUGUAAUUUUAGAAUUUUUCAGUGCAAGGAGUUCUCUCUCCUUAGAAUUUAGAUAGCAUAAACAAGUGGAUGCUGAAAAAUCCAAUGUUGUUUUGUUUUUUUUCUUUUUCUAUUGGAUCCUCAUAAAUUGUGGAUGUGAGCAACUGAUCCUGUGUCUGAGAACUCUUUCUAGAAAGAACUCUGCAGAGCCUUGAUCCUGACCUGGCUCUCCCCACCUGGCAGAACUGCUCAGAGCUGCUGUAGAAUUCACCCCAGUUUCCUCUUUCAGUCUGUGGAGUGGGGUCCAGCCUCUUGCUGAGCAAGUUGAGAGGAAUUGGCUGUCUUUGAUCUCCACCUCCAGAAGCAACCUUGACAGGAUCAGAGCCAAGGAAUAUUUUCAUAAUGGACACUUCAUCCAAAGAAAAUAUCCAGUUAUUCUGCAAAAGUUCAAUGCAACCUGCCGGGCGACCUUCCUUAACAACAGAAUAUUCUUCCUCAAAGGAGAAACAACAGUGCUGUGGUGAACUGAAGGUAUUUUUGGGUGCCUUGUCUUUUGUUUACUUUGCCAAAGCAUUGGCAGAAGGCUAUCUGAAGAGCACCAUCACUCAGAUAGAGAGAAGGUUUGAUAUCCCCUCUUCACUGGUGGGAGUUAUUGAUGGUAGUUUUGAAAUUGGGAAUCUCUUAGUUAUAACAUUUGUUAGCUACUUUGGAGCCAAACUUCACAGGCCAAAAAUAAUUGGAACAGGGUGCCUAAUCAUGGGAGUUGGAACACUGCUCAUUGCAAUGCCUCAGUUCUUCAUGCAGCAGUACAGAUAUGAAAAGUAUUCUCCUUUCUCUAAUUCCACUCUGAACAUCUCUCCAUGUCUCCUGGAGUCAGACAAUCAAUUACCUAUCUCAAUUAUAGAAAAAUCACAAUCCAAAAGAAGUGAUGAAUGUGAAAUUGAUGCCAGCUCUUCCAUGUGGGUUUAUGUUUUCCUGGGGAACCUUCUUCGUGGAAUUGGGGAAACUCCUAUUCAGCCUCUAGGCAUUGCCUACCUUGAUGAUUUUGCCAGUGAAGACAAUUCUGCUUUCUAUAUUGGGUGUGUGCAGACGGUUGCAAUUAUAGGACCAAUCUUUGGCUUCCUGCUAGGCUCAUUAUGUGCCAAACUGUAUGUUGACAUUGGCUUCGUAAACCUAGAUCACAUAACCAUUACUCCCAAGGAUCCUCAGUGGGUAGGUGCCUGGUGGCUGGGUUAUCUAAUAGCAGGAAUUGUAAGUCUUCUUGCAGCUGUGCCUUUCUGGUGUUUACCAAAGAGUCUACCUAGACCCCGAAGUAGAGAGGAUUCCAAUUCUUCCUCUGAGAAAUCCAAGUUUAUUAUGGGUGAUCGCACAGACUACCAAACACCCCAUGGAGAAAAGUCAAAAAUAAUGGAAAUGGCAAGAGAUUUUCUUCCAUCACUAAAGAAUAUUUUUGGAAAUCCACUGUACUUGUUAUAUUUGUGUGCAAGCACUGUUCAGUUCAACUCUUUAUUUGGAAUGGUAACCUAUAAACCCAAAUACAUUGAGCAACAGUAUGGGCAGUCAGCCUCCAAGGCCAACUUCGUUAUUGGGCUCAUCAAUAUACCUGCAGUGGCCCUUGGAAUAUUCUCUGGGGGAAUAGUUAUGAAAAAAUUCAGAAUCAGUCUGUAUGGAGCUGCAAAACUCUACUUGGGAUCAUCUGUUCUUGGGUACCUCCUAUUCCUUUCCCUGUUUGCACUGGGCUGUGAAAAUUCUGAUGUGGCAGGACUAACUAUUUCCUACCAAGGAACCAAACCUGUCUCUUAUCAUGAACGAGCUCUCUUUUCAGAUUGCAACUCAAGAUGCAAAUGUUCAGAGACAAAAUGGGAACCUGUGUGUGGCGACAAUGGAAUCACAUAUGCAUCGGCAUGUCUCGCUGGCUGUCAGACCUCCACCAGGAAUGGGCAAACCAUGAUGUUUUAUAACUGCACCUGUGUGGGAAUUGCAGCCUCAAAGUCAGGAAAUUCCUCAGGCAUGAUGGGCAGAUGUCAAAAAGAUAAUGGAUGUCCCAAAAUGUUUCUGUAUUUCCUUGUAAUUUCAGUCAUCACAUCCUAUACUUUAUCCCUAGGUGGCAUACCUGGAUACAUAUUGCUUCUAAGGUGCAUUAAGCCACAACUUAAGUCUUUUGCCCUGGGAAUCUACACCUUGGCAAUAAGAGUUCUUGCAGGAAUCCCAGCUCCCGUGUAUUUUGGAAUUUUGAUUGACACUUCAUGCCUCAAAUGGGGAUUUAAAAGAUGUGGAAGGAGAGGAUCCUGCAGAUUAUAUGAUUCAAAUGCUUUCAGACACAUAUAUCUGGGACUAACUGUGAUGCUGGGCACAGUGUCUAUUUUCCUAAGUAUUGCAGUACUUUUCACUUUAAAGAAAAAUUGUGUUUCAAAACAUAGAAGCUUCAGAACCAAGAGAGAAGGAACAAUGGUGUCUACAACAAUCAGGAAGGAAAACUGUACUACAGGUGAUCAUUUGCUACAACCCAACUACUGGCCAGGCAAGGAAACACAGCUUUAGAAAGAUUACAACUUGAAGCCAUGUUUUCUAAUUUCUGGAAAUUCUGCAAAUAGAUUUCAAUCUGAAGGGUUUUAAAGUGUAAUUUUUUUUCUCCUUUUAAAAUAUGUCUUGGAUUUUGACCCUAGGUAUUAGAUGACGUAUCUGAUAACAAAUAUAAUUUAACAUAUACAGACAAUGUAGAUAAUAAAGUUCAUCUAAACCUUUUAAUUCAUUAUAUUAUUUAUAUAAAUUCCUUAUAUUAUUUACUCGUCCUGCUAAAUUUUGCCUUGUGCCCAUUGAUAUAGUAGCCGUAUUCCUAGUAGAACAAGUGUCCUAAUAGUCUAAUGGCUGUGUGUAAUUUCUAAACUGAGAUACUUGUCAAGGGGGAGAGAAUACUGUUAAAAAAUUAAAUUAUAUCUUGGCCUCCUUUAAAUAUGACCUUAAUGCAGAUGUUAGGAUAGAGUCAGAACAUGUAGAGAAAGAUAUUUUUAAGCUCUUCCUUUUUUUUUUUUUUUUUGGAAUACAGUAAUUGAUACAGAAAUGUAUAGUGGCAAAUAAUCUUGGGGGAUUAGAAUUUUGGAUUAUUACCUAUUCUACCAUUCAUUAUAUGUGCAUUGUGUGUGAUGUUUAAAGUGACCAUGGUGGUAAAGUAAUAAAAUUAAUAUUAACAUGCUUUAUUGUCCUUCUAUAAAUUUAGUGGAUUAAAAAAUAUCGGUAAUACAAUACUGUCCCAAUUUGAAUGUAAGCUGUUCCACACGUAUGCACGUGACGUGAUCCUAAAACAUAUUUGAAAGUUGAAUUUCUGAAAGUACAGUAGCCAUAGGUGUUAUAACAGGAAUGCAGACUGAGGGGUUGAGUGAUGGUGUGGUUCUUGGGUGCUCUAACUGGCACUCAUCACAGGGCCUAAUAGUUUCUGGGCAGGCUGCUGACACUGCUGCGGCCUGCCAGAUAGCUCUCUGUUUCUGGACAAAUGAAUAAGUCAGGGCAGCCCUUUCCUCUUUGCGGGCUUCCUGGUGCUCCUCUGAGAAGAUAUAGUAGGCUCAGCGGUCCACCAUCUUUAAUCAUCAGCUCUAUUAUGCACUAUAUUUUUCUAUCUCCACCACAGCUGCAUAAGAGGGGCUUGGGCCUCACAAGAAAAGCAAAAUUAAGGUAGAGACUGCCCCAGCGGAAUCUCGAAAUUGUACUGCAAUUAUUAGCAGCCUAUACAAGAAACAGAAUGUGCAAUCAGGAAACUCCCAAAAAUAAGUUUUUUGAGAAGUUUCUUGGAGCCUAUGUCCAACAAGAAGGUCUAGCUCAAAAAUGUAAUAGUCUUCAACAAUGGAAGGAUAAUAUAGUACAAACAAAAUAGUUUGCUGUCUUUUCAUUUUUCCAUUACAUACCAAUCCUGUAAGUAUGAAUAGAAAAAAAAAAAAGAUGGAAAGUUUAGGAUGGAGAGAAGAGAAAAUUUCUUUUAAGUGUAUAUUAAUUUUGUCAUUUUAUUUGAAUUAGUGAUGCAAAAUUUUCUCAUAUUUUACUAUUUUUGAAAAUGAAAAUAGAUGUUUUUUUUGUUUCAAGCAUGCCUACAUCAGACCUGCUACUGAUGUGCUAAUGUGAGAGCAGGAAUUCUUUUUUGUCAUCUCAGUAUCAAUCUUACCCACAAUAAAUAUUUACCAAGUUGGUGAGGGAGGAUACUUGUCAAGAAUUUGCUCUGUAGAGAUAUAAUUAAAGUUCAAGCUCUUCAUCCUGUCUCCCACAUCCUCUUUAUUUUUUAAACGUUUGUAGCAAUAUCAUGAAAAAUAAAUUUUUUGCAAGUAAAUCUGUAAACAGAAUCUUAUCCAAUUUACUCUUGAGCAACGUGAAAAAUGAAUAUUGGCAUGAAAGUUGAUUGAAUGAUCUUUUUUUGUUAAUGUACUGUCAGUGAAAAGGAACCAUAUUUUUAUGCAUAGCCAUUAAUUCAACAAGUGGAAUUCUGUAUAUGAAACUCAAAAAUAUGGCAUAUGAUUUAGUAUGAUUUAGUGGGAAUUGAAUUUGCAAAGAGAAACCCUGAUUAUUUUAGAUGAGUAAAUUCAUCUGACAGAAAUAAGCAGGCUUUUUAUGCCUCAAAAAGCACAUGAUUAAUUUUUUUUUUCUAACAAACCAAACUUCAUUUCAGAGGUCAAAUAAAUUCCCUCAGUCCUAGGGCCAGACAUUUGGAAGUCAAGCCUUGACUGACAUGUGGGAAUCUCACAGUUGCUCCAUAUUCAAUGGGUCACUUUAUUCUCUUAUUUUCCAGCCUUCAGAAGUGGCCAGCACCUCAAAUGAACAUCUGAUUCUCUAUAAUUUUCAGACAGGUCAAUCUCCAGUUAUGCCAUUUUAUAAAUGGAGUGACUUAAAUUGGAUUAAAUGACUUACCCAAGGUGGAGGGGGACAAAUUAAUCCCGGGUUCCUCCAAUACAUAUGAUGCCUCUAAAGCAGGUAAUAAAAAUGUUCUGAAAUUCUUAAAAACUAGAAGAAUUUUUGUGACAAUUAGCAUUUAAGAAAUCUCCACUUACAUAUUACAUAUUUAUAUGCUCAUACCUAAAGGGAGAUUGAAAAAAUACAUUGACUAUAGCAUAUAAUCAAGAAUAAUUUUAAAAACAACUAUUAAGUUACUUUAUAACUAUUAAGUAUAAUAAUAUUAAGCACUCUCCAUAUGUGUGCUGAGUGCUUUAGACACAUUAUCUCAAUUUCAAUUAUCAAAAUAACAUUAUGUGGUAGUUAUAAUUACUGAUAUUUUUAGAGGAAAAAACUGAGGUUUAGUGAGUUUUAGUGACUUAUUUAAAAUCAUCAAGUCCUAGUAGUUGGUUGAGCCAAGAUUGAAAUUGAGUUUUAGCAGUUUUGAACAGUCACAUUAUGCCUGUAUUAAUCUAUAUCCUAAAUUGUCAUCUUCCACUAACUCUGCUAAAAAUAAAAUUUGUACAUCUACACAUUUACAUUAGAAAAAUUUUAACAUACCAAAACAGGCACAUCAUUUAAAAAAAAUCAAAUAAUACAGAAGGAUUUAAAAUGAAAAGUAACAGUCCUCCACCCCAACUUCACUUUUGUUCCUCAAAGGCAAUUACUUCUAAUUAGUUUGGGUUGUUAGUUUUUCAAAAUAGUCACUUCCACAUCUUUAAAUAAUAUGUUUGUACCACUUUCUUGACUUACCAACUUUGGGCAAUGUCUAUUGACUGUCUGAUAGAUUAGGUGUUAUGUCUCUCAUUCCUUGUAAUUAAUACCAGUGAGGUCACUAUUCUGUGUUCCUUGAAUGUCACAUCAAUACCUCCAUUUCUUGUUCAAUAAACAUAAAUCAUAUCAUGUUUCCCCACUUUGUGCAAUGAAGACCUUGGAGCUUCCUCCCUUCCCUCGAUGUCUCCAAACUCUCUUUAUCUCCUUUCUGUUCCCUGUAUUUUUAUUUUUAACUUGAAAACAUGUUUAAUCAGCUCUGUAACCAUUCCAUCAGGAAAAGCCUGAAUGGUUAUGAUUAAGCUCAAUGCCAUCUACUGUUGAAGACACAAAAUCUCACAAUUAGGAAAAAAGAGAGAAAAAGAAUAACAUAUUUAUUGAGGACCAACUAUGAUCAAGCAUUAGAGGUACAUUAACAUAUUUAAGUGUUAAUAAUGACGAUGUAAAAAAAUGUUAUAUAUUUGAAAAAUUUUAGAAUUUGCCGUUAAUGAUAAUUCUCACACAAGUGCAGAACCUUUAAGAUGUGAUGAUGUACAUUGCUGAUCUCUGCAAGAGGAUGUGUAACUCAAACUCAUUUGGCAUUAAAUCCACUUUUUGUUAA